GAAGGCGAGGGCUGCGCACGAACAGCGCGGACUUGUCAGGGGGGCGAGAAGAGCGGCGCGCAGAGAACUUUUAAAACUUUUCCCUGGAAAGUGCAACACGCUGGUGCAGCCUGCUCACCCAAACCAGCCGAACGACGGGAGCACGGUUUUCGCUCUAGUGCAACCCCGUGCACUUGUGUUGUUUUUAGUUAUUUAUUUUUGGUUUCAGGUGCUGACGCGGCGUGGACCUGUUGGUUCAAUUUUCCCCUGCGACUUUUGGAUAAACUCGCUCCAAGUUUCCAGAUAGGAAAAAAAAAGAAAGAGGAGAGGGGAGAAGAAGAAGGUGUGGAUAAAUCCGCCUGACCAGCCGUCAGAGGAUGAUGUGACCCUGUGUAAACUCCAGUGACCACCUCUCUCUCUUUUUCUGUCUCUCCCUUUCUCCCCCUCUCAAACACACGUGAAGGAGCGGCGCUGCGUCCAGGAGGCUCCAGUCAACAUGACUCUGUCCGGCGGUUUGUCGGAUACUUGUCAGCUCGUUUUACGCGACCGCAUGGAGCCGGAGCUGUGGAAGUAGGACUUAAUCCACGCUUUCUGGGGAAUAGCUACUGGAACGCGUUGCUGUGAAGAGAACGCAGGCUGCCGUGCACCGUUUGGAGAGAGCUACGAUGCGGGGCACUUUGGGCGCAUUCAUUCAGUCCUGUCUCAUACUGUUGGUCCGAGCAGACCAGUGGAGGCUGAAGGAGUCCACCAACUGCGAGUUACACAGGAAACAAACUGACCUAAACUCCUUUCUGUGGACGAUCAAACGGGACCCCCCCUCGUAUUUCUACGGUACAAUCCACGUUCCCUACACACGUGUUUGGGACUUCAUCCCUGAAAAUUCCAAGCUGGCCUUCCAGGAGAGCAACAUUGUCUACUUCGAGCUGGACCUUACAGACCCUUACACCAUAUCAGCCCUGACCAGCUGCCAGCUGCUCCCUCAAGGUGAGAACCUGCAGGACGUCCUGCCCAGAGACAUCUACAGGAGGCUUAAGAGACACCUCGAGUACGUGAAGCUCAUGAUGCCUUCGUGGAUGACGCCGGAUCAGAGAGGAAAGGGACUCUAUGCAGACUACCUGUUCAACGCCAUCGCCGGGAACUGGGAGAGGAAACGCCCCGUCUGGGUGAUGCUGAUGGUGAACUCGCUAACCGAGGCAGAUAUUAAGACGCGAGGGGUGCCGGUGUUGGAUCUGUACUUGGCCCAGGAGGCGGAGAGGAUGAGGAAGAGGACGGGGGCCGUCGAGAAGGUGGAGGAACAAUGCCAUCCACUCAACGGGCUCAACUUCUCUCAGGUGAUCUUUGCCCUGAACCAGACGUUAUUGCAGCAGGAGUCUCUGAGAGCAGGAAGCCUCCAGGUCCCGUACACCACAGAAGACCUCAUCAGGCACUACAACUGUGGAGAUCUCAACUCCAUCAUCUUCAAUCAUGACACCUCACAGGUCCCUAACUUCAAUAAUGUGACACUGCCACCCAGUGAGCAGGUCACCGCCCAGGAAAUAGACAGCUACUUCCGACAGGAACUCAUCUACAAGAGGAAUGAGAGGAUGGGCAAGAGGGUCAAGGCACUGCUGGAGGAACACCCUGACAAGAGCUUCUUCUUUGCCUUUGGAGCAGGUCACUUUCUUGGCAACAAUACGGUCAUUGAUGUGCUUCGUCGCCAGGGAUACGAGGUGGAGCACACCCCCGCUGGGCAGCCCAUGAACAGGAGGUCAUCAUCCAGACUUGCCUCUUCAGAUCUCGAAGGCCACCACGAUGAGCCCCCUCUGUUGGAGCCUUUCCUCCACGAGCUCCCCCACAAGGAAGAUGAUCAGGGGCGUCCCCUGGAGGACGACCUGUUACCCCACAUGCUCCUGCCCCCAGAUAGCCUGGAGCUGCUGGAGAAAGCGGAGAGGAGAAUGCUGAAGAAGAAGAGGAGGAACAAACAGAAGAAACAGAGGCACCGGCAUUUCAACGACCUCUGGGUUCGCAUCGAGGAGAGGUUGCAGUCUCCGCCUCCCCCGUUGGUGCGCAUCAUCAACGGUUACAUCACGGUGCAGCCGCCGCACAGAGCCCACAGCCCGCACAGCCACCACCACGUGGCCUCGGCGUCGCCCGCCUCCCCGUCCGUAGCGUUUUUUUCGCUGCUCCUCCUCCUCUGCACGUCGCUCACAGUGAUGCCACAGACAUGGACUUUGUUUCUCUAGUAAGGGCGUUUGCCGGGACUAUAAAUAACUGCCUUCCUUGAACAUAAACUUGAACACGCGUCGGUUUCUCGCCGCGAGAGCGCGGAGAAAGGGCGUAAAACGAGCUCUAGAUAAAAGUAGAUUAAAUGGUGAAUCAUGAGUUCAGAUAACGAGGGCUUUCUCGGAACAUAAAGGUACGGUUUCGGGUUAUUUGACACACUGUGCAGGAGCAAAGCGCGCGGAAUACAGCGGGAGAGAAAAGUUCAGAGAGAGGUGCGUUAUCAGACAUCUCAGAGACAUUAAAUGGCGUAUCAGCUCUCUGAUGGAUGACACUGUUACCGUAUACGCUCAUUCAACCUUCAGUGCCUCGGAGAAUUUGAGAUCGUACGGGAGUAAACCGUAAAACCAUCACUGAAUAUCAAGUACCUGCCAUAAGUACAUCUGGAACCUUGUGUCCUUUGUGUUUGUGUGUGCGUGUAUGUGUGCGCGUGUGCGACAAACAAAGUCUAUCAGCUCUUAAACCCCCCCUGGGCUCGCAAACAGAGGUGUUACUUUACAGACCUUAAUUUAUUCUUCCAUUUUAGAAGAAUCUGUUUUAACGUUGCAUAAAAACCUACUGCACGGUGGGUGGGGAGGGGGAGGGGGGGUGAAUUGUACAUAUUGUUUCUAUUGUGUCUAAAUAUUAUAGAUGUAUUUUAGAAUAAUUCAAAAAAAAAAGAAAAUUAUCAAGUGUGUUUGUUGUUUAUAUGAAUAUAUAAAUAGAUAUGCAGUAUAUUUUUGGAGAAAAAAAAAAUCAGGAACUAACCACCAUAGUCCGUGUCAUGCGUCUCACUGAAAUUCUUUUUUUUUUAAAAGGGACAUGCGAUCGUGUUUGUGUACAUGUUUGUGUAUCAGUGUUAUCACCGGCUUUUCUGUAUGCGGAAAGACUUGAUUUUUAUUUUUUUUUGUACUUUCUUUUCACAUAGAGGCCAUUUGUUUAAUUUAUUUAACUACUGUAGUUCGCUGUAGGCCACAUGAAACAUUCCCUUUGGCUUUCUUUUAUAUUUUGCGUCAACGUGAUGUGUUAUUAUUUUUACAAUUUUUCAAACGGUUUUAAGUACAUUUUUGGAUUUUUGGACAUUUUUGAAUUUUUCAAAUGUGGCGACAGUACAUUUUUAAAGCUGUCUGCACAGAUAGACUGCACACACCAUAGUGCUUUACAUCGCAUUUCAGUUAUGGCAUGAGAUGAUUGUAAUAGUAUUACCAUGGCAACAAUAAAAUAUUUAUCUAGAUUCAAA